AUUCAUUCUGACAUAAUAUUUUCAAUAAUACCAUCUCCUUGUAAAAAUAUACGCAUUUCAGCACACAGCCGUUCUCCAGCGCAGAAUUCUACACAGAUGUCCUCUUGAAAAAGACAAUGCAGAAGCCGGAUUCCAUCGCCUAAGUGGCUUAUCCAUCAUCAGCAAAAAAUCUUAAAUGAUGGACUCACAAGGGGAUAAAGCCGAGACAGCAUCCGCCGCCGCUGCCACUUCUCCGCAAGAUGAAGCGAACAUUUGCAAAAUCCAGUCUCUUGUCCAGGCGCAAGACGACACCCAGCGGUUUGUUGGAUUGGCGCUUCUGAAAUCCGUCCUGGACAAUUCUCCCGAGCUCCAGGAGAAUCACGACGUUGUCCAAAGGCUGUGGGAUAGUCUCCCCGCCAAGUUCCUUGACAGGCUUCUGCGCACGGGGUCAAAUCCGUCGAAGAAGGAUUCAAAAGAGAUGCUCGACUUGGCCGUGUCUGUCUUGCACACAUUUGCUGCUCUCUUGCCCGAAGGGGCAACAUCUCAGCCAAAGUUCACGGACAGGAUACCCAGGCUUGUUAGUGCUGUAUUGAAUGGAUCAGAAGAAACAGUAAAUAUGCUGCUGCAGCUCCUCUAUACUCUUGUGAGCUGUCAAGAAGGUGCUAUGGCACUUGUGAGGAUAGAUGACUUGAGCUCCAUCACCGAAAUAGCGCCAUCACACGCCAUUGCGAUGGAUAUUUUCCUACGCGCCUGGCUCAAUGCUAUGGUUGUUGUCGAUGAUACAUCAUACUUGGCAAAUCAUAUAGAUCGCAACGUACAAUCGCUUGUAGCUUCAUUCCGAGGCACUGACGCGGUGACGUUUCUUGAGUUUCUGGGGCAGCUGCUACGACAAGCAAGCUCAGAAGUUAUCCCAGCAAACCCCAAAUGGCGCAGUACAGUCAUCAGCUAUAUUCGAAAUCUCGUAACCAGUCGACCAAACUCAGCAGCCCGAUCAGCCUACACGAAUGCGGCCGCUUCUCUUCUUCGCGUGUAUCCCAUAGCAGCUUCGGAGCUGAUAUUCAAGGCUGAAAGAAGCGAUGAAAAGCCAUUCUCCUAUUUAUUCGUCAACCUUCUUCUAAUCGAUAUCCGCUCAUCGGCUCCCUUGUUACUAGAGCAGCUCAACAAACCUGGAUAUUCAAACCUGUCUCGUCGACUCGCCUCUGCAUUUGAUAUCAUAUGCAUCUUCAUCGGGCAUUUGGUUCGCUCGCUGGAAGAUGAGUCACUGGAGAGUCUAAUCAUGUCGCCAGACAAUCUUCUUAAACUUCGCAAGGGGAUAUCGGAAACCAUGUCUGUAACCAUCGAAUACCUGCGUGACAGAUGGGACGCUACAUAUGCUGGAGCCAUGGGACUACAUCCAGACGCUCGAUCUGGAAAAGCGGAAACUUCAAUGGGAUCACGGCUUACCCUUACUUGGGACUCUUUAGAGAAUCUCGCAGACGAAGAUCCCUUUAUUCUUUCUGCUGUGAGAGCCCUCGCUCUAUGGCUGCGCGAAGACGAAAAUGAUAUGUUGAGAAAAGAGGCCACUGGGUUGACGGAUAUGUUUAUGGAUCUGUAUCGCGGCAGUUCAGCCGAGAAGCUAGAUUUUCGAUCUCCGACUUUGGUUGCCCUCGAAGCGCUGGUCACAUUCGAGAAGGGUCGGAACAUUCUUCUUCAGCAUGAUGGCUGGAAGACGCUUAGCCAAGACCUCAGUGGAAUCCUCCGUCAAAAUGCCUCUGCCAUUAGUGAAAGUGAGACGUCUCGCGGCAUCGAAAUAGUUCGUGUUCUUCUCCAAGUUGCCGAGGAAAGUAACGGUACCAAUGAGGAGUGGAUGAACCUCAUCACUGCGGUCGCAGCGUGGGAUGUAUUUCUCCAGCAAGAACCAUCUCCUCUUGUGUUGGAACUCCAGGUUGCGGUACUACAGUUGUGCUGCGCGUUAUUGAUUAAAGCGAGUCCCGGCAUGAGAAAGAGAUUUGCGCAUUCUGUUAGUGCGUUGGUGGGUAUUGCGACGCAGUUGGAACGAGGGAUUCCGAGAGACGGCCUUUUGAGAGAGGAUAUUGAAGAUGUAUUGGGGGUUUUAGGCAACUUGUAACUCAUUAUGAAAACUACAUAGCGUAACUAGGCAAACCUACGAAGCAGGUUUACGAAAAAUGCCAACCGGGGGGAGAGAGCUGCUUCAGCUUUGCCUUUAUUGACGAGAUAGAACACCGACGCU